CGCGGGGCCAUGGGGGUCGCCGGGCGCCCCGGGCCGGGCCUGGCGAGGCCGCCGCGCCGCCGCUGAGCCGGGCCCCGCGCGCAGCCGGGCGGCGCAGGUGAGAGCGGCCGCGCCAUGGUGGACCCGGUGGGCUUCGCCGAGGCGUGGAAGGCGCAGUUCCCGGACUCGGAGCCGCCGCGCAUGGAGCUGCGCUCGGUGGGCGACAUCGAGCAGGAGCUGGAGCGCUGCAAGGCCUCCAUCCGGCGCCUGGAGCAGGAGGUGAACCAGGAGCGCUUCCGCAUGAUCUACCUGCAGACGCUGCUGGCCAAGGAGAAGAAGAGCUACGACCGGCAGCGCUGGGGCUUCCGCCGCGCCGCGCAGCCCCCCGACGGCGCCGCCGAGCCCCGCGCGCCCGCCCCGCGCCCGCCGCCCGCGCCCGCCGACGGCGCCGACCCGCCGCCCGCGGAGGAGGAGGAGCAGCAGCCCGAGGCCCGGCCCGACGGAGAGGGGUCCCCGAGCAAGGCCAGGCCCGCGUCCGCCCGCCGGCCCGGGGUGGCCGCCGCUCCUGCCGACCGGGACGACCGGGGGCCCCCCACCAGCGUGGCGGCGCUCCGGUCCACCUUCGAGAGGAUCCGCAAGGGCCCGGGCCAGCCCGGGGCGGCCGACGCCGCCGAGAAGCCCUUCUACGUGAACGUCGAGUUCCACCACGAGCGCGGCCUGGUCAAGGUCAACGACAAAGAGGUGUCGGAGCGCAUCAGCUCGCUGGGCAGCCAGGCCAUGCAGCUGGAGCGCAAGAGGUCCCAGCUGGGCGCCGGCGGCGGCGGGGACGCGCCCCGGCCCUCGCACCACCGGGGCCGCCCCUCGGAGAGCCCCUGCGGCCUCGACGGCGACUACGAGGACGCCGAGCUGAACCCCCGCUUCCUCAAGGACAACCUGAUCCACACCAACGGCGGCGGCGGCGGCGGCAGGCCCCCCUGGCCCCCCCUGGAGCACCAGCCCUACCAGAGCAUCUACGUCGGGGGCCUGAUGGGGGAGGGCGAGGGCAGGGGCCCCCUCCUGCGCAGCCAGAGCACCUCGGAGCAGGAGAAGCGCCUGACCUGGCCCCGCCGCUCCUACUCCCCUCGCAGCUUCGAGGACAGCGGCGGCGGCUACACGCCGGACUGCAGCUCCAACGAGAACCUCACGUCCAGCGAGGAGGACUUCUCCUCCGGCCAGUCCGGCCGCGUGUCCCCGAGCCCCACCACCUACCGCCUGUUCCGCGACAAGAGCCGCUCGCCCUCGCAGAACUCGCAGCAGUCCCUGGACAGCAGCAGCCCCCCGACGCCGCAGUGCCCCAAGCGCCACCGCCAGGGCCCCGUCGUGGUGUCGGAGGCCACCAUCGUGGGAGUCCGCAAGACCGGGCAGAUCUGGCCCAGUGAUGGGGACAGCGCCUUCCCCGGAGAUGCAGACACGUCCUUCGGAACGCCGCCCGGAUACGGCUGCGCCGCGGACCAGGCGGAGGAGCAGCGCCGGCACCAGGACGGGCUGCCCUACAUCGAUGACUCGCCCUCCUCCUCGCCCCACCUGGGCGGCAAGGGCAGGGCCAGCCGGGACGCGCUGGCCUCGGGCGCCCUGGAGUCCGCCAAAGCGAGUGAGCUGGACCUGGAAAAGGGCUUGGAGAUGAGAAAGUGGGUCCUGUCCGGCAUCCUGGCGAGUGAGGAGACAUACCUCAGCCACCUGGAGGCGCUGCUGCUGCCCAUGAAGCCGCUGAAGGCGGCGGCCACCACCUCCCAGCCGGUGCUGACGAGCCAGCAGAUCGAGACCAUCUUCUUCAAAGUGCCUGAGCUCUACGAGAUCCACAAGGAGUUCUACGACGGGCUCUGCCCCCGCGUGCAGCAGUGGAGCCACCAGCAGCGCGUGGGCGACCUCUUCCAGAAGCUGGCCAGCCAGCUGGGCGUGUACCGGGCCUUUGUGGACAACUACGGCGUCGCCAUGGAAAUGGCCGAGAAGUGCUGCCAGGCCAACGCUCAGUUUGCAGAGAUCUCCGAGAACCUGAGAGCCAGAAGCAACAAGGAUGCCAAGGACCAGACGACCAAGAACUCUCUGGAAACCCUGCUCUACAAGCCGGUGGACCGGGUGACGCGGAGCACGCUGGUCCUGCACGACCUGCUGAAGCACACCCCGCCCAGCCACCCCGACCACCCGCUGCUGCAGGACGCCCUGCGCAUCUCCCAGAACUUCCUGUCCAGCAUCAACGAGGAGAUCACGCCCCGCCGGCAGUCCAUGACCGUGAAGAAAGGCGAGCACAGGCAGCUGCUGAAGGACAGCUUCAUGGUGGAGCUGGUGGAGGGCGCCCGCAAGCUGCGCCACGUCUUCCUGUUCACCGACCUGCUCCUCUGCACCAAGCUCAAGAAGCAGAGCGGAGGCAAAACGCAGCAGUACGACUGCAAGUGGUACAUCCCGCUCACCGACCUCAGCUUCCAGACGCUGGACGAGUCCGAGGCGGCGCCCACCAUCCCCCUGGUGGUGGACGAGGAGCUGGACGCCAUGAAGAUCAAGAUCUCGCAGAUCAAGAGCGACAUCCAGAGGGAGAAGAGAGCCAACAAGGGCAGCAAGGCCAUCGAGCGGCUGAAGAAGAAGCUGUCGGAGCAGGAAUCCAUGCUGCUGCUCAUGUCCCCCAGCAUGGCCUUCCGGGUGCACAGCCGCAACGGCAAGAGCUACACGUUCCUGAUCUCCUCCGACUACGAGCGCGCCGAGUGGCGAGAGAACAUCCGGGAGCAGCAGAAGAAGUGUUUCAAAAGCUUCUCCCUGACGUCCGUGGAGCUGCAGAUGCUGACCAACUCGUGCGUCAAACUCCAGACGGUCCACUGCAUCCCCCUGACCAUCAACAAAGAAGACGACGAGUCUCCUGGCCUCUACGGCUUCCUGAAUGUCAUCGUCCACUCGGCCACCGGCUUUAAGCAGAGCUCAAAUCUGUACUGCACCCUGGAGGUGGACUCCUUUGGGUAUUUCGUGAACAAAGCCAAGACGCGGGUCUACAGGGACACGGCUGAGCCCAACUGGAACGAGGAGUUCGAGAUCGAGCUGGAAGGCUCCCAGACCCUGAGGCUCCUGUGCUACGAGAAGUGUUACAACAAGACGAAGAUCGCGAAGGAGGACGGCGAGAGCACCGACCGGAUCAUGGGGAAGGGCCAGGUCCAGCUGGACCCCCAGGCCCUGCAGGACAGAGACUGGCAGCGGACGGUCAUCGCCAUGAACGGGAUCGAGGUGAAGCUCUCGGUGAAGUUCACCAGCAGGGAGUUCAGCUUGAAGAGGAUGCCGUCCCGGAAGCAGACGGGGGUCUUCGGGGUCAAGAUCGCCGUGGUCACCAAGAGGGAGAGGUCCAAGGUGCCCUACAUCGUGCGCCAGUGCGUGGAGGAGAUCGAGCGCCGGGGCAUGGAGGAGGUGGGCAUCUACCGCGUGUCCGGAGUGGCCACGGACAUCCAGGCGCUGAAGGCGGCCUUCGACGUCAACAACAAGGACGUGUCCGUGAUGAUGAGCGAGAUGGACGUCAACGCCAUCGCGGGCACCCUCAAGCUCUACUUCCGCGAGCUGCCCGAGCCGCUCUUCACCGACGAGUUCUACCCCAACUUCGCCGAGGGCAUCGCUCUUUCAGACCCUGUGGCGAAAGAGAGCUGCAUGCUGAACCUGCUGCUGUCGCUCCCGGAAGCCAACCUGCUGACCUUCCUCUUCCUCCUGGACCACCUGAAAAGGGUGGCAGAGAAGGAGACGGUGAACAAGAUGUCCCUGCACAACCUCGCCACGGUGUUCGGCCCCACGCUGCUGCGGCCCUCGGAGAAGGAGAGCAAGCUCCCCGCCACCCCCGGCCAGCCCAUCUCCAUGACGGACAGCUGGUCCCUGGAGGUCAUGUCCCAGGUCCAGGUGCUGCUGUACUUCCUGCAGCUGGAGGCCAUCCCCGCCCCCGACAGCAAGCGACAGAGCAUCCUCUUCUCCACGGAAGUCUAAAGGCCGACGCCUCCGUCUCCAAGAAGCCGGCACCACGGCCUGGGACACUCCCGGCGAGACAGGCCGCCACAGAGCAGGAACCGCAUCUUCUUGAGGCGUCCCCGGGCCGCUCCCCGCAAGAGCCAGGCCCUCUGCCAAGAGACGGCUCGCUACCCAAGGCAGAAGGCCAAGUGGUCUGGGCCAUGCUGGGGGCCCCUGAGCUCCCCGCUGGCCUCCGACUCUGGCUUUCCGCCACCAGAGGGCGCCCCAAAGCCAGCACGCUCGGCUCGAGUGCAGGCCUGGCCCGAGAGCAGGCGGAAGGAGUGGUUUUUUAAUGAACUUUUCAGAGUUUCAGAGAUUUCUACUGGAUCCCUUGUCAAGAGGCACCCUCUCCCGGGGAGAAGGGGACACGAGCAGAUCCCCUCGCGGUCGCGUCCUGAACAAACGCUGCUGCUGCUGCUUCGCACCGUGGGGGCCCCCCCCGGCCCGUCCCGGUGGGGGUGGGGGCGCUGGGGUUUUCCUGACUUAAACAUUCGACUCCUGUGUGGAACGGGGCGUGGAAAGCUAAGUCAACACUGUGUAGCAUUGGCCCCCUUUCGCCUCCUUCCUCUCUUCUCUCGCUUUCUAGAAGGAUCUCUGUGCACAAAGGGAUCUCUUUCCCGUCCUGUGGCUUGGCUUUUGCAGAUCAUGCGUCCCUUGGAGGGCAGCUGCCCGUGUAACAUCCAGGACCGGCCACCAGGGGGCGGGAGGCCGGGGCUGCGCACUUUAUGGCUCCUUCUCCAGGGAGAGUGACCCCUGCCCCCCAGGCCAUCCCAGCCUCCCGCUGGGCACACACUGUCCUGCAGCUUACAAAGGCUCCCCCCCCCCCCCCCGCCCCCCCCCCCAGGUCCUCGCUCUGCUGAACAGACUCAGUACAUUUUUGUAACAGCUUCUUCUGGCUGCAUCGGCAUCGGCUUGUUUUAAACUUUGAUCCGAAUCGCCUUUUGAUACUUGAAUAUUUUUAAGUUUUAUACAUAGUUUCUAAUUUUUUUCCGGACAGAUUCAGAGGAUACCUAAUAAGAUAGGAGAAUGUACUCCCAGCGGCAUUUUGUCUUCCCCCCGAGCGCCCGCUCUGUCUUCAUCGGGAGCCGUUGCUGAGUCUCCUGGGCACCGGGGGGUCAGGCCCGGGCUGAGGGUGGCGACUCCCAUCCCAGAGCAGGCGGGAGGACAGACGCGCCCCCCUCCUCCCUCCCUCCCCGCUCUGCACGCCCCUGGCAUUCCUGCUAACCCUCCUGACCCUCUGGCUGAGAGGGAAGAGCAGGGGAAGCCACUAAGUAUUUCGAAGAAACAGGUCUAUGAA